AUGGUCAAAGCAAGUACUAUUACCUUCGAGCAAUAUGAUGAGAUAGCACCGACAACAAUCACUUGGAACAUUCGUGGAAAUGAUCCUAAUAGAGAGCGAGGUUUCCACAUCCAUGAAUUUGGCGACAACACCGACGGAUGCACCUCAGCUGGUCCUCACUUCAAUCCCUAUGGACGGACACACGGUGCGCCAUCUGACCACGAGAGACACGUCGGGGAUCACGGAAACUUCCGUACUGAUGCAGAUGGAAAUUCAACGGGAAUUACGCAAGAUAAGAUGAUGAAAUUAAUUGGACCUGAAAGCGUCGUAGGACGUACGAUGGUCAUCCAUGCUGGCACUGAUGAACUAGGUCGGGGAUCCGACCUUGAAUCUAAGAAGACAGGAAACGCAUGCAGUAGACCGGCAUGCGUAGACUCCCAACCACCCCUUUCCUAG